CCCCUCUCAAUCUCUCCUCCAUCAAUACUUCAAUAUCUUCUUGAGGUAUACACAUUUUACUUGCCUAGCUCGAUUAAUUUCUAAUACACACAACAUGAAGUAUCUUAAGAUAUUCUUUUUGCUAGCUAUGCUCAUGUCUUCAGCCAUUAUUCUUUCUGCUACACCGUCUGAGGAAGAAUCAUUCCUUGACUUUGAUAACGAAGAUGAGGAAAAUUCUGAUCUUCCACAGCUUGAGAACCAAGAAACAACUUCAUCUUUACGAGGGGCAAACCGCUUUCUGGCCCAGACCCGGGCUGUCAUGACAUGUGACAAGUACCCUAGAGCUUGUCGUGCUAAGGGCAGCCCCGGACCAGAUUGUUGCAAGAAGAAGUGUGUGAAUGUGAUGACAGACAAGCUCAACUGUGGCAUGUGUGGUAAGAAGUGCAAGUAUCCGGAGAUUUGCUGCAAAGGUCAGUGUGUGAACCCGAUGUCUAACAAGAAAAACUGUGGGGGCUGCAGCAACAAGUGCAAGAAAGGGAGUACAUGUCAGUAUGGAAUGUGCAGCUAUGCAUAGAAAUCCAUGGCUCCAUGCAUGCACGUAUAUAUCUACUUGAUCUGGGACCAAACAAGUAGAGAUUUGCAGCUUAAAUUGAAUUUGAUUGUAGUAGAAACAGCUACAUCUAUACAUAUGUAGUUAGUAGCAUAGUAGUUUGGGCAAGGAAAAAAGGCGAACCAUCUUCCGUUAAUAAUCGGCUUCGCUAGCUGGGGUUUUAUUUAUUCUUUCAA